AUGGCCCUCAUAGAGUUUAGGGGUUAUGGAGAGGCUUCAACAACAAAACCGGUACUGGCACUGGUCGCAAUCUGUGCCAUUCUAUUAGGUUCGUGGCUCAGGGCUGUAUCCUUUCCCCAUGGCAAUGCUGCAGUGAAAGCUCCUAUUGUUGGCCUGAGACCUCCUUCAAGAAGAUAUCAUCAGCUUGGUCUCUUUGUGCCUUUGAUAUAUGAAGAAAUGAAAUGGGCAUUAAUGCAAGAGAUACCUCCGUGCAAAGAUAAAUGGGUUUCCAUACUUGGGUUUGACACCGUAGUAAGGUUGGUUGUGCAUGAUUUUGCACGAAUAUCAGUUGCCUCCUUGAAGUGCAACAAGGAAUGGAUGGGAAUCCAAAGAAUCUUUCCGGAGAACGUCUUCCGAGUUGCAAUUCAAAUGAGAGACAUUCCGCCCUACCUCAAACGCAUCACCAUAUCCCACGCCCGCUACUUGGGCCGUCUCUCGGAAUCUUCACAACGCGCAAAGACUAAUCACACUUAUUGUGGAAGAGCGCAGGCGAAUGGAAACAAUUACAACCCACCAGAUGAUUUUCUGCAAUGGUUGAUUGAUGAGGCAUGGAACGAGCGGGAUGGGCAACCGGCAGAGCUAGUUCAUAGACUACUUGUUUUGGCGUUGGCGUCUGUUCAUACAACUUCUAUGACGGCAACUCAGAUUCUUUAUGACAUAAUUGCUCAUCCAGAAUACCUCGAAUCACUUCGAGAAUAG